UACCUGUUUAACGUUAAUAAAUUAUUCAUCGAUACAAUACCAACCUGUUUCUUCAUCAGUUGUUAUCCUGUAAAAUUACUGUUUAAAAUAUAUGAUGGAACGCCUAAACAAUAGUAACAAUUUCCUUGACUCCUUAUCGCUAUUUGUCAAGUGAUUUUAAUAUUAAAAUUUAUUAUUACAAGUGUUACUUAAUGAUGACUAAAUUAUUCGUCGGUGAGUAGUGAACUAAUAAGGGUCUAAUAAUGGAAGAUGCUAAAGCGGUGGAAAAUAAUAAGGUUAAGCGGGAAAAGAACCCAUUUAUUAAGGCGAAUUUUUUGGAAAAACUCUUUUUCACAUGGACGUUUCCUUUAUUUAUAAAAGGCUACAAAAAAGAUUUACUGGAAGAAGACUUAUACCCGUUCUUACCAUCUCACGAAUCCAAAUAUCUCGGUGAUAAACUGGACAAAGAAUGGAGCAAAGAGUGGAAAAAGAAACAAGAAAACUCCUCCUUAUGGAUGGCUUUAACAAGAGUUUUCGGCAAACAGAUGGCCGUGCUGGGGAUCUCUUAUUUGCUAAUUGAAAUUUUAGUGAGGAUAACGGUACCGCUGUUCUUGGCUCAACUUUUGAAAUUUUUUGAACCGGACACGGGAAUGUCUAAACAAACAGCUUAUUACUAUGCCGCUGCUAUUGCCAUUUGUGUGUUUUUAUCUGCCACUUUUCAACAUACUUAUAUGCUACAUAACUUUCAUUUGGGUAUGAAAAUUCGAGUGGCAACUUCAACGCUAAUCUACCGAAAGGCACUUAAGUUAAGCAAAAGUGCUCUAGCAGAAACCACCGUGGGCCAAAUGGUUAAUUUAAUAUCCAACGACGUAGGCAGGUUCGAAUUAGCUACCACCCACAUUCAUAAUUUAUGGAUGGCACCACUGGAAACAAUUAUAGUACUUGUUAUUAUGUACUUUAAUAUCGGAUAUACUGGGAUGAUAGGCGUUUUGCUUUUGUUGGCUUUUAUACCGUUUCAAAUAUGGAUGGGCAAGAAAACCUCCACUUUCAGGCUAGCGACCGCAAUCCGAACAGACGAAAGAAUCCGACUGAUGAACGAAAUAAUUUCCGGAAUUCAAGUGAUAAAAAUGUACACCUGGGAAAAACCUUUUGCCAAACUUGUUGAAAUUAGCAGAAGACGAGAAAUCGAACAAAUCAAAAAAAUCUCCGUUAUCCGAGCCAUCAUGAUGUCAUUCAAUCUGUUCCUUCAUAAUACAUCAGUAUUUCUUUGCGUUUUAACUUACGUACUCUUGGGCAAUGUUCUGGAUGCACAAUACGUAUAUAUUCUUCAAUCCUUUUAUGGAAUCCUUAAAGUAUCUGUAACCAUGUUCUUCCCUCAAGGAGUUACCCAAUUUGCCGAAGCAAACAUCUCCGUUAAAAGAAUUAGACAAUUUCUUAUGUAUGACGAAGUGGAUUUUGACUCAAGCGACACCUUUUUAAAUAACUUUCAAUCUAACGAAAGCCUUAAGCCAGAUCUAGUAAAGCAUGGAGAUUCGUCAAUAGGAAUAUCCAUGAAGGAUGCUUCUCUCAAGUGGCUCAAAGACAGAACAGAGAAUAACUUGGAUCAUCUUGACGUAGAAGUCAACUCUGGAGAGUUGGCUGUUAUUAUUGGGGCUGUUGGAAGUGGUAAAACUACCCUUCUUCACGGUAUUCUUGGAGAACUGAAACCAGUAAAGGGUUCUAUAAAAGUAACUGGGAAUAUUUCCUAUGCCAGUCAGGAACCUUGGUUGUUUGUCGGAAGCGUUAGACAAAACAUCACCUUUGGCCAAAAGUUUGAUGCAAGAAGAUACCACGAAGUAGUCAGGGUAUGUCAGCUCCAAAGGGACUUCACCCUAUUUCCUUAUGGUGAUCGCACCAUUGUGGGCGAACGGGGAGUGUCUCUAAGUGGUGGUCAACGAGCUAGAAUCAAUCUUGCCAGGGCAGUUUAUAAAGAAGCCGACAUUUAUUUGCUAGAUGAUCCUUUAUCGGCUGUCGAUGCCCACGUGGGAAAACAAAUGUUCGAAGAAUGUAUCACUGGAUACCUUAAAGAUAAGUGCGUGGUAUUGGUGACGCACCAGCUACAAUAUUUAAAACACGUUCAGAAGAUUUAUCUGUUGGGCGAUAGAAAGAUUGAACAUUCUGGCACUUAUGAAGAGAUCCAAAAUUCUGGCAAACAGUUUUCGAAGCUGCUUGAAGAUUUAAAAGAUAUUAUUGAUGAGGAUGAAGAAGAAAUGGAUGAAAAAGCAGAAGUCGAAGACCUGAAGCCGAUUAGAAGAAGGAGGGCAUCAACAAAAGAAGUAGUUCCUAAAAAUGAUAAGGAACCGACCAUGGGUGAAGAAGGCAGAGGGCAAGGAACAAUUUCAUGGAGCGUUUACAAGACAUACUUUUUGUCAGGUGGACAUUGGUGCAAGAUUUGGACGCUAUUUCUUGCGUUUAUAGUCGCUCAAGUAGUAGCUAGUUUUAUCGAAUAUUAUUUAAAAGAAUGGGUAAAUGUUAACCAAUUCAAAAAAGCACAGCAAGAUUCCUACAACCCUCCAAUCUACAACUUGACUUCUAACGAUAGCUUCCCAAUAAUUGAAAAUGUUUCAAACGCAGUAGAACCACCAGCGGUCCUACCGGCUCUUACAGCAAUAGAAGUGUUUUGGAUAAAUCACCUUUCGGAUGACUUAGUAUUAUACAUAUACAGUGUGGGAAUAGUGCUGCUGAUAGUUUUAACUAUCGGACGUUCUUUAGCAUUUUACAGAUUUUGCAAUAAAGCCUCGGUGAGGUUACAUAACAACAUGUUUUAUAAAAUCGUUAAUGCGGCCCUAAGGUUCUUCAACACCAAUCCUUCGGGUAGAAUUUUAAAUAGAUUUUCCAAAGAUAUGAACCAGGUCGAUGAGAUUUUGCCGCUUACUUUGUUGGAUACUUUACAGAUUUCCUUAACUGUGAUUGCCAUAUCUUCGGUGAUCGCUAGCGUUAAUCCGUGGAUGUUGCUUCUUACAGGAAUCAUGCUUACCAUUUUCUAUUUUCUCAGGGUGAUAUUUUUGGCAACCAGCAGAGAUCUUAAGAGACUCGAAGGGAUAACAAGAAGUCCAGUUUACUCCCACCUGACGGCUUCCCUUCAAGGCUUGACCACCAUAAGAGCCUUUGGGGCUCAGACAAUCUUAAAAACCGAAUUUGAUAACUACCAAAACGCAUACAGCUCCGCCUAUUUCAUGUUUUUGGCAGCCAAUAGAACGUUUGGCUUCUGGCUCGAUAUGCACUGCGUUGUAUUUAUCACCCUUGUGACAUUCAGUUUCUUGUUCUUCAAUACAGAAACAUUUGGAGGAAGCGUUGGUCUGGCAAUCACCCAAGCUAUGAACCUGACUGGGAUGUUCCAGUGGGGCAUGCGGCAAUGGAGUGAACUUGAAAACACCAUGACCUGCGUGGAAAGGAUCCAGGAAUAUGCGGAUGUUGUUCCAGAACAAGAUAUCGGUGCCCACGAUCCUCCGAAAUCCUGGCCAGAAACUGGAAAUAUUAAGUUUGACAAUCUUUGCUUGAAAUACGCCCCCGAGGAACCGCUGGUGUUGAAAAAUCUCACUUUUGAUAUAAGAAGCACUGAAAAAGUUGGUAUUGUUGGACGAACUGGUGCAGGAAAAUCAUCUAUAAUAAUGGCCUUAUUCAGACUUGCCGUAAAUGAAGGGAGAAUUAUUAUUGAUGGCCUUGAUAUCGCUAAGAUACCUUUAUCCAGGUUAAGGUCUAGCAUAUCCAUUAUCCCGCAAGAGCCAGUACUGUUUUCUGGCAGCUUAAGAAAGAACUUGGAUCCAUUUGAUGAGUACACUGAUGAUGCUAUUUGGAGUGCUCUGGAAGAAGUAGAAUUAAAGCAAGUAGUCUCCAACCUUCCCCAAGGAUUGGAAAGCAAAAUGUCCGAAGGAGGAUCAAACUUCAGCGUGGGCCAACGUCAACUGGUCUGUCUGGCACGUGCCAUAGUCAGAAAUAAUAAAAUCCUCGUUCUGGAUGAAGCAACGGCCAAUGUGGAUCCACAAACUGAUGCGUUAAUUCAAAACACCAUCAGAAGGAAAUUUCCUGAUUGUACAGUACUCACUAUUGCUCACAGGCUGCAUACUAUCAUGGAUUCCGAUAAGGUGGUGGUCAUGGAUGCUGGAAGGGUCGUAGAGUUUGGACAUCCACACGAGUUAUUACAAAAGAAAGAAAAUGGGGUGUUUUAUGAGUUGGUGCAACAAACUGGUAGGGCUAUGGCAGAGAAUUUGAUCGCAAUAGCUCAAGAGAGUCACAUUAAUAUAGCUGCAAAAAAUCAGCUAUCUAAUAUUUAAGGAGUUUGCAGAAUUUUACCGGAGAAGUAUAGGGUUUAAAGAUAUUUUUAUACCUUUGUAUUAAGUUGCAAACAUAAAAAAAUAAAGAUUUUUUUAAGAAUAA